ACAAUGGAAACAGCUCAGAAAGUUCAAUGCGAUCAUCUCCUCUAUAUCUUCAAAAGCUUGGCAAGUGUAUAGAUCACAAAAUUUCAGUCAUCUCGAGGGGUAGAAAAGGGAGAGAAAGACAGAGAAGCAAAAUGAUGAUGAAGGGAGAAUUUUGGUCUAAUCUAGGCUCAACAAUGGCGGCUAUCAUGUUCGCCUACGCCAUGUUCCGACAAUAUUUGCCCCCACAACUCCAGGACUAUAUGUUCCGGUAUGGUAAAAAGCUUUCGAAUUUAUUCUAUCCUUACAUUCAUGUAACCUUCGAUGAAUACACCGGCGAAAGGAUGAAGAAAAGCGAAGCCUUCUCUGCGAUUCAGAACUACCUCAGUGACAAAUCAUCGGCAAACGCUAAGCGACUCAAAGCCGACGUUGUUAAAGACAGCCAGUCUUUAGUUCUCAGCAUGGACUAUAAUGAAGAAAUCACCGAUGAGUUCGAUGGAGUCAAGCUUUGGUGGUCGGCGAAUCGAUCCACUCCGAAAACACAGCAGUUUUCCUUUUAUCCGGCCGCCGACGAGAAGCGGUAUUACGUCCUCAAGUUUCAUAAACGCGAUCGGGAAUUUGUCACCGGAACUUAUCUCAAACAUGUGAUGAAACAGGGUAAGGCUAUCGCCGCCGAUAACCGGCAACGGAAACUUUACUCGAACGGCGGGGGCCAAGGUUCUUACGGUCCACGAAAUGGCACUACAUGGACACAUGUGGCGUUUGAGCAUCCUGCGACGUUUGAUACUUUGGCGAUGGAUGAAAAGAAGAAAAACGUAAUCAAGAAAGAUCUUUUGAAGUUCAGUAAAGGGAAAGACUAUUAUGCUAAGAUCGGAAAAGCUUGGAAACGUGGUUAUCUUCUUUAUGGUCCACCGGGAACAGGCAAAUCCACCAUGGUUGCUGCCAUGGCUAACUUUUUGAACUACGAUGUGUACGAUCUCGAGCUUACGACUGUUAAAAACAACGUGGAGUUAAGAAGGCUUUUGAUCGAGACAUCAAACAAGUCUAUCAUAGUGAUCGAGGACAUCGAUUGUUCUCUUGAUCUUACAGGCCAAAGAGAAGGGAAGAAGAAAAAGAAGAAAGACGAUAAGAGCGAAGAAGGCUCCGAUCCGAUUAGUUCGAUGUCGCAGAACGAAGAGAAGAAAGAGAGCGAAGUAACGUUAUCGGGGCUGUUGAACUUCAUCGACGGGAUUUGGUCGGCUUGCGGUGGCGAAAGAAUCAUCGUUUUCACCACCAACCAUGUCGAGAAGCUUGAUCCGGCUUUAAUUCGAAGGGGAAGAAUGGAUAAACACAUCGAGAUGUCGUAUUGUCGGUUUGAAGCAUUCAAGGUGUUGGCGAAGAACUACUUGGACAUUGAUUCUCAUCCGCUGUUCGGAGAAAUCGAGAGAUUGUUGGAAGAAACGGAUAUGACGCCGGCCGAUGUUGCUGAGAACUUGAUGUUGAAAUCGGAUGAUGAUGAAGAAGAUGAAGCUUGUUUGAAGUGUUUGAUUGAAGCACUUGAGGCUGGUAAAGAGGAAGCAAGGAAGAAAGCAGAGGAAGAGGAAAAACCCAAGGAAGAAUCAGAACAGGAACAACCUGUUGAAGAGGUUGUCACAGAAGAUGUAAAAUCAGCCAAAGAAGUGAAGGAAAAUGGAGUCAUCCAUUAAUUCCGUGGCAUCUCAAUCCCACAUGCAUCGAAAAAUAAUGAGAACUCUGAUAUGAGACAAUUAUUGUAUCAC